AGUUGUCAUAUCUUCUUCCCCUCGCUAUAAAAGGCUGGUUCCCGUUCUGCGUGCAAAAUUGAGCUCAAACUCAAAGUUUACUAUUCGAAUCAUUUUGAGACAGAAGAAAAUGGAAGCCAGGAUGAGAGUUCUCAUGAUUAUUAUUGGCAUGGUGGCAAGUUUAGCUUCUGUAGCUUAUGCAAUUCCGGGGACAGCCACUUUCUAUACACCCCCCUACAGUCCAAAUGCUUGCAUUGGCGUCCGAGUCAAUGGGACGUUGCCGUUGAUAGCUGCUGCGAGUAACGUAAUAUGGGAUAACGGGGCAGCUUGUGGAAGAAACUAUAGAGUUACUUGCACUGGAACUAAUAGCGAAGGGAUCGCACAACCUUGUAGGGGUAGUGUUGUGGUUCAAAUAAUUGAUUACUGUCCUCCGGGUUGUCGAGCAACCUUUGAUCUCUCUCAAGAAGCAUUUGCUCUCAUUGCCGAUCCAAAUGCUGGAAAAGUCAACAUAGACUAUGAACAGGUUUGAACUUUGAGGUGGAUCAUGUUUGAAGAGCCUUCAAAAGGCCAAUAAUUUGUAUUUAGAGAAAUAAGUAGCUAGCUACUUUCAUAUACUAUAAAAUUUAUGCUUCAGAUACUACUUUAGCAUAAAUAUACCAAAAUGUAAGAUUACAUUUAGUAAACAGGUUUGAAAUUUUCUGGUGGCUUUGGGAAACCACAAAAUGAUACAAUUCCUGUGAUAUUUAA